AUGCGGGCAAACUGCCACCGCCGCUCCUUCCCUCCUCCCCCCCGUGGGCAUCCAUCAGCAAGGCACCUCGCUUGCUCCCCACCCGCCUCAAAGUAUCCGCGCACCUCAUUCCCCCCGCGCGCCGCCUCAUCCCCCCCGCGCGCUGCCUCAUCCCCCCCCAAGUGCUUCAUCCCCCCCGCGCGCUGCCUCAUCCCCCCCGCGCGCUGCCUCAUCCUCCCCGCGCGCCUCAUCCCCCUCGCGCGCCUCAUCCCCCCCGCGCGCCUCAUCCCCCCCGCGCACCUCAUCCCUCCCGCGCCCCGCCUCAUCCCCCCCACGCGCCUCACCCUCCCCGCGCGCCUCAUCCUCCCCGCGCACCUCAUCCCUCCCGCGCGCCGCCUCAUCCCCCCCGCGCGCCUCAUCCUCCUCGCGCGCCUCAUCUCCCCCGCGCGCCUCAUCCCCCCCGCGCACCUCAUCCCUCCCGCGCGCCGCCUCAUCCCCUCCGCGCGCCUCAUCCUCCUCGCGCGCCUCAUCCUCCCUGCGCGCCUCAUCCCCCGCGCGACGCCUCAGCCCCCCUCGCGCGCUUCUACCACUACCUGCUGGACCGCCGGCAUAAACCGACGUUCUCCGCGGCUGACGUCGCUUCCUCCGCGCGAAUCGCAUGCACACGCCGAUCCCAAGCCGGACCGGUCUUUUCACCCUGCUUUCCGCGCUACUACCUGCAGCGGAUGCAGCAGCAACAGUGAUCGGGGUGUAGGCUGCACUGGCAGGAGUAUUUCGAGUAGCAGUGCUGUGAGCAGCGGCAGCAGCGAUAGAAGCGCGGCCGGCAGAAACAGCAGAGGCGGCGGCGGCGACAGUUUAUCGCUGCCCGGGGUGAAGCACAUCGUGGCUGUGGCGUCCGCGAAAGGCGGCGUCGGCAAGUCCACCACUGCCGGUGCGCCUCAUUGCCUUCCCUCCUCCCCACCUCCCCUCCUCUCCGCCUCUCCGCCUCUCCGCCUCAGCACCGUGCCCCAAGUUGCUUCCUCUCCGCACAUCAUAUCCCACCCUCCCCUCUCCCCCUCCCCCUCCCCACCUCACUCCCCCUUCCCCCUCUGUCACCUCUCUAUCCCCUUCUCAAUCUUUCUUCCCACCCGCCUCCCUUUCACCCUUACUCCUUUUCCCUUCCUCCUCCCCAUCCCCUUCUCCACCUCCCUAUCCCCCUUCCCCUCACUCCUCCCUCCCCCCUCCUUCCCUUCUCCCUCCCCUUCACAGCAUGCCACAGGCUUCCACGCACGCUCUGCUCACAUCUGCCUUCUUCCAUUGCUUACCACCCUCCCUACCCCUGUUAUCCCAUGCCUCUCACCACAUGCCCGUGAUUCCAUUCCUCCCCCUGCGUACCCACUUAUCACCCCAUGCCCAUCUCCCACUAUCCCCCCAUCCUCCCCUACCUCCACAUCUCCUCUACCGCCCUUCCCUCCAUUCCCCCCUUCCCCAUUCCCCCAAUCUUUCCAUUCACCCUUCCUUACAUCCCCCAUAUCCCCCCGUCCCCCAUCCCGCCUUCCCCAUCUCCCAUCCCCCAUCACUCCUCCCCCCAAUCAUCUUUCCCCUCUCCCUCCAUUCCCCCAUGUCUCCGUCCCCCAUCCCCCAUGCCCUGCAGUGCCGCUCCCAUCGCCUGCACGUUCAACUGCCUUCGGCCCGUCACUGCCCAACCUGCUCGGCCUGCACUGUGGGGCUGCUGGAUGCCGACGUGUUCGGCCCCUCAUUGCCCAACCUGCUUGGCCUGCACUGUGCCACUCCCUCCCUUCACCCCUCCCUACCGCAGUGAACCUAGCAGUAGCCCUUUCACGCCACAUGCGCCUGCAGGUGGGGCUACUAGACGCGGACGUGUUCGGCCCCUCACUGCCCAAGCUACUCGGCCUGCACACAGCUGGCCGCCCCGUGCUGGCAUCACCCUCCCCCAAUGCGCGCAUGCUGCCACUGCAGGCACACGGCGUGCUCUGCAUGUCCAUGGGCUUCCUCAUGCCUGCUGACGUGGCGGCCGUGUGGCGCGGGCCCAUGGUGAUGGCGGCGGUGGAGAAGCUUGUAAGGGGGACGGAGUGGGGGCGGCUGGACGUGCUCGUGGUGGACAUGCCGCCCGGCACGGGUGACGUGCAGCUCAGCAUGAGCCAGAGGGUCCGCUUGUCAGGAGCGGUGGUGGUGUCGACACCGCAGGACCUCGCACUGAUGGAUGCGCGGCGGGGAGUGACCAUGUUCCGACAGGUCAACGUGCCGGUGUUGGGAGUGGUGGAGAACAUGAGUUACUUCACCUGCCCGGCCUGCUCCCACCGCUCAAACAUCUUCGGCCAUGGAGGGGCCCGACAGGCUGCCGCUGACCUGGAGAUCGAGUUUCUGGCAGAGGUGCCUCUGCUGCCGUCCAUCCGCAGUCGCUCAGACAGCGGCCUCCCCGUUGCUCUCGGCGCCUCAGCCGCUGCUGCUAGUGGGAUAGAAAGCAGGGCAGCAGACAGUGGGUCGGCUGAUAGUGGUGCAGCCGAAGGCGGGGCAGCCCAAGUAGGGGGAACAGAAGCUGGAGGGGCAGAAGGUGGGGGAGCAGCAGAGGAGGGGGCAGGCACUGGGAGUGGUGGGGCAGAGGAGGCAGUGGUGGCGACAUAUGAGCGCAUGGCGAGGAGGGUGUGGGAGAAACUGGAGGAGCGAGCACUUGAGGGUGGAGGCACGACGAGUGAAUUGUGCUGGAGCCCUCCCGCCUACGCACGUCCGCGUGAUGCGCUCAUCCGCCCCACGCGGUGCCCUGCCCUGACCUGCAGUGAAGGGACCAGUGCGAACGCGGCUCAGGUGCGGCUCGGUGCCCGCCCCUCUGUCCCCUCCCCACAACCCGGCUUAUCACCUCUCCCACAGAUGCCGCACGCGGCCUGCUUCUAUUCCCCGAUCCGCCUUCCUCCCCCGUCUCCACUUGCACUGAUCAUCACCCCAGGGGGCGUAAUCUCCUGCACGUGCCACGGAUGCCAGCAGUGGAAGGCCUUCACAGCUGGCAGGCUGAGCUGGCCUGCCACGUGGCAGGUAGCCACUGGAGCAGGCGAGGGGAGUAGGGAGGCGAGCGAGCAGCAGCAGGAACAUCCUGAUUCUGAGAGGCACCGUGGGGGGUGCGCGGUGGGAGUGAUGCCAGCAGUGGGAGAGGGGGGGCAGGGCAGUGGGCCGGGCAUGGCAGCAAGGGUGCACUACGAGGUGCUCACACAGGAGAUGCUGCUCGCCCUCGCUGCUUACAUCCGGUCAGACACUCACACUCCAAUGUCCGUCAUACUCCAGUCCAGCAAUCCCAGCCCCUCCUUGUCUCUCUUGUCUCUCUUCCUUACUGCCGUGGUUGCUGUCUCCUGUAGCAAUGGAGCGGAAACUGUCGAAAACACUGGAGAAUCCGGGGCGAGCGUGCAGGGCACUACAGGCGCACGAGUGGGCUCACAUCCCUCACCGUGCUGGAGGUGGGCCGCUGCCGCUGCCGCUGCUGCUGCUGCUGCCGCCGCCGCCGCUGCUGCUGCUGCUGCUGCUGCUGCUGCUGCUGCUGCUGCUGCUGCUGCUGCUGCUGCUGCUGCUGCUGCUGCUGCUGCUGCUGCUGCUGCUGCUGCUGCUGCUGCUGGGGGUGCAGUGCAGGCAGGAGCGAGGCACAUUGUGGCGGAUUAUACUCACCACUCUCUUCUCCUCACCCUCAACUGCCAUUGCUCAGAUGGAAGCAUGUGCCGGCAUGCACUCCUCAGAUGGAAGCAUGUGCCGGCAUGCACUCCUCAGAUGGAAGCAUGUGCCGGCAUGCACUCCUCAGAUGGAAGCAUGUGCCGGCAUGCACGCUUCUUCAUAUCUGCCCGUCUCCACUCCUCUCAACAAUCUUCAUCUUCUCUCGCCCCUCCCGCGUGCGGCAGGCAGGUGGGGGCAGGCGAUGGCCUGCUGGCCUGCAAGCUGCGGCAGUGCUUGCGAGAGUGGGGCGCAGACGGGGAGGGUGCAGAGUGGGAGGGCGAGGAGGGUGAGAUGAGGGAGGAAGGGGGACAACAACAUGAAGAACAGGGAGGAGGGAGGAGGAAUGGCAGGAGGAGGGACACGGAGAGGGGGACUGGCAGUGAGUGGGUGAGGUUGGAGGGGCUGUGGAUGAGAGUGAUCGCCACUGAUGCCAUGCCUCGUAGGCUGCCUGGCGGUGUCGCUGCCACACGCAGCCUCGCUGGUGCCGACUAUGGUGAUUCGAGGGAGGGCAGUGGAGGUCCAAGGGAGGGCAGCGGAGGUCCAAUGGACAUUGAUCAUGUGGAGGCAGGCGAGGAAGUGAUAGCGUGUGAUGCAGAAACUGCCAUUGCGGCAUACAAGCCCCAUAUUGUGAUCGCAUGCUGGAUGCCCCUAGGAGUGGACUGGACGGUAGCCAUGCGGCGGCAGGCGUCAGUGAGGGAGUAUAUCCUCGUGGGGGAGAAGGAGGGCGGCAUUUGCGGUCAUCACCUGCUGACGUGGCGCUUCCCUGGCUUGAAGACGUGGCGACGGGGUGGCAGGCUGAAGCGGAGAAGAGAGAGGGCAGAGAAGGAGAAAGUAGAAGAGGAAUACGCGAAAGAGAAAGACGGGGAGGAAGAGGAGAAAGAGAAAGAAGAGGAGGAAGAGAAAGAAGAGGAGGAAGAGGAGGAAGAGGAGGAAGAGGAAGAAGAGGAGGAAGAGGAGGAAGAGGAAGAAGAGGAGGAAAAGAAUGAUGAGGGGAAAGAGGAGGGUGCGGGGGAGGGCAAGGAGUGGAAGCAGGAUGACAAUGAAGUGGAUAAUGGGGGGGAGCAAUUGCUGGUUUGUGCUGUAGCAUGUGGCAUGUAA